UGCUCUUGAUUGGUUAUCCCCAAAUCAGGCACGUGUUCGACCAGGCUUGAAAUAUGUAAUUUACUCUGCGUGUUAGUCUCUCGCUGCACUUCAAGACGGAGAGGGGAUACCUUGAUAUCUUGAGUUUGUGUGACAGGUGGAGUUUCAGCUUCUUCAUCAUCAUGGUUGAGCAGUUUGUUGGAAACUGGACCCUUGCCUCCAGUGAGAACUUUGAUGAAUACAUGAAGGCAAUAGGUAAAGUACCGUUUAAUUCAUGUUACAUUGUGAGGGACUGGGAAAACUGUUGUUAAAGGGGUUCAAAUAUUGUGUGGGAGGUUCAGCAAACAAACAGGAAAGUCGUGCAAAGCAGUUUCAGCCUCGCAAACUAACAGCAUUUUAAAUAUCUUUUCAACUUAAUUGUGUUCAAGGUGUGGGCUUCGCCACUCGACAAAUGGGCAACAUGGCAAAGCCAAACCUGGUGAUCAGCGUGGACGACUCUGGCGUGAUUUCAAUGAAGUCUGAGACCACUUUCAAGACCACAGAGAUCAAGUUUAAGCUAAACGAGGAGUUUGAAGAGACCACUGCGGACGGUCGAAAAACAAUGGUUGGUCACACAUUUUAUUAUUUUCGGUUCUUCUUCUUCCUAUGUGACGAGUCUAACCGGCUGAUGUGAUUUCAGACCACCUUUACCCUGGAUAAUGGUAAACUUGUGCAGCUGCAGGCGUGGGAGGGGAAGAAAACUACACUAGAGCGAGAGAUCCAGGAUGGGAAACUGACAGCUGUGAGUAAUUGGGAUAAUGAAAGUGAAGAGCAUGCAAGAUCAGAUACUUUUAUUUUCAUGAGCAGCCUCAUCUAACCUUUAGAGAAGUGUCCUAUAAGUAACUUUUUUUUCUAAAUGCUGUCUCAACAGAAAUGUAUCAUGGAUGAUGUUGUUGCAGUGAGGACCUAUGAAAAGGGAGCUUAAUUUGUUUGAACAUCUAGGUCGUUGAGCCUGGGACCAUCAAGACACCAAAUCGAUGUGCUUUUGCCCACAACAUGCCAAUAAAGUCUCAACUGUGAUGCUGAA